UUAUUCACAGAACCAUGCUCAGUUAUAAAGAAACUGUAUACUGACAUACAGUUCUUCCUUUAGUCAGAUUCAUCUCUGUUAGUUACAUUACUUGUUAUGGUCCUGCCCAGUACUUCCAGAUCCUAGUUCAUGUUUUCCCUGUGCUCCGUAUUCUGUUUGCCCACUCCAUUGUUUAUCCAAGAGCCUGUGCUUCCUGGUUCCUAGCAGACUGACGGAUACCUGAAACUAACCCAAGCACUCCUACCUGCACGAUCUGCUGGCUCUCACUUUAGCAGCCAGUUUUGAAGCCCUGUUGGCAUCUCACCUAGUGCUGUUCUGAAGCCAUGCUCAGGUGUUUCUGAACGUGUCUUGAGUUUGGAAUACAGAACUCCACCACACCCCUUUUCUCACCAGCUCUGCUCAAAGUUCAUGCUUUACUCACUGAGCAAAUAAAUUAUUCCAUUGAACUGAUCACACCUUACAGUUCAACAUCAUUGUUUAUGACCAGUUGGAUUUGUCACCAUGAAAGGACUGUGUGUUUUUCUUGUGCUUUUUGCACUGUGCGUUGUACCUACGGUAAACUGUGGAAAUAUCUUGGUCUGGCACACUGAAGGAAGUCACUGGAUCAACAUGAAACCUGUGCUGGACACGCUGAUUGAGAGAGGUCACAAUGUCACCAUGCUGUUUCACAAUGCCUCAAUGUUCAUCGAUCCCAAGGAACACGCACAGUACAACCACCACCUGUUUAAUGUCUCAAUGUCCAUGUCUGAAAUUAAGGACUCUUUUGAAAAGAUCUUACAUUUUUUUAUGUAUGAGGUUUACAGCGGGAACUAUGUGAAGAUGUAUUGGAAGCUCUAUGAACUUUUGGAGCAAAAUUCGGCUAUUGGCCUUAAAAUGUGUGAUGGCAUUCUGCGGUCCGAAACUCUCAUGGAAAAACUGAAGCAGGGCAAAUAUGAUCUUGUGUUCGCUGAUCCUGUUUAUCCCUGCAGUGAACUGGUAGCUGAGAUUCUGCACAUACCCUUUGUGUACUCUCUGCGUUUCUCAAUAGCCAACACCAUGGAGAGACUCUGUGGAAUGCUGCCCGCUCCACCGUCAUAUGUUCCCGGCACUAUGGUCAAACUGACUGACCAGAUGACCCUCAUUGAAAGAAUCAUUAAUGUUGUGUUCUAUCUGGUGCAAGACACAACAUUUGGUCUCACGUGGAAACGUUAUGAUCAAUAUUACAGUGACAUUUUAGGGAAUGCCACCUCUUUCUGUAAGCUAAUGGGCAAAGCUGACCUCUGGUUGAUUCGGACAUACUGGGACUUUGAUUAUCCCCACCCCAUCCUUCCUAACUUCAAAUACGUUGGAGGAAUUCACUGCAAACCUGCCAAACCCCUACCAAAGGACAUGGAGGAGUUUGUUCAGAGCUCCGGGGAUGAUGGGAUUGUGGUGUUCACUUUGGGAUCAAUGAUCACAAACCUCACCAAAGAGAAAAGCAAUGUCAUUGCCUCUGCCUUGGGGCAAAUCCCACAGAAGGUGUUGUGGAGGUACAAAGGAGAGAAGCCAGAGACUCUUGCUCCAAACACCAGGCUGUACGAAUGGAUCCCACAGAAUGACCUGCUGGGACACCCCAAAACCAGAGCUUUUGUCACCCACGGUGGGACCAAUGGGUUGUAUGAGGCCAUAUAUCAUGGUGUUCCCAUGGUGGGUAUUCCACUAUUUGGUGACCAGCCAGACAACAUGGUGCACAUGAAAGCCAAAGGAGCUGCUGUCAUCAUGGACUUCAACACCAUGCAGGCCAAAGACCUUUUGGACGGACUGAGGACAGUGAUCAAUGAUCCAUCGUAUAAAGCCAGUGCCAUGAAACUGUCAAAAAUACACCAUGACAGACCCCAGACGCCAAGGGAUGAGGCCGUGUUUUGGAUAGAACAUGUGAUGCGCCAAAGGGGGGCGGAGCAUCUAAGAGUACAAGCCCAUAACCUCACUUGGUACCAGUACCACUGUCUUGAUGCAUUCACCAUUCUUAUUGGGAUAGUUAUACUGAUUCUCUUUGUGGUUUACAAGACUUGCCAGGUUUGUUUCAGGAGGCGCUGUUUAAGAUCAAAUCAAAAGAACAAACAAGAGUGAAUCAAUUUUAUAGGAUUUUUUAUUUGCAUUUUCUCAGUGUAUUUGGGGAGUUUUAAAACCAGAUCUGGCUCCAAAUAGCUGCAGCACUGUUUAUACAUUUUAUUUACUUGAACUUUUAUUUACUCAAGUUUUCUUGAGUUGGUGUCAAGGGCUGUUUUUCUCUUGCUCUGAAGUCAUCUAAAUGAUUGUUUUUUAUAAGUCCAUUCCAUCAGGUCAUUUCCCCAUACAAUACCUCUGACAUAGACACUGAUCCCUUUUCUUCAACUCGUCCUCCAUUCUCCUUAAAGACUGGCAGCCUAAAUUCACAUACAAUAGAGGAAAACCACACACACAUUGUAAUGCCUUCAUUAGGACUUUAACUCUGAAGAAUUUACAGAUCCAAACACUGAUGGAAGUAUACAAGUUUAGAGAGGUCUGAAAAAACAGAAUGCUUUGUGCUAUAUAUUUUUUCGCCAACUAUAACACUGCAAUAAUACACAUUGCAAUCCAGAGCUUGAUGCUUUCCAUACCAAAGCUGCAACUGUUACUUCCCUGUGCUUUCGCCAACAGUCAUGACGGGUGUGGAUGUGUUGGAGUGGUGUGGUAGCAGUGGCUCCUGCCGCCAUGUUGUGUAUGCACACACACACACACACACCACACACACACACACACACACACACACACACACACACACACACACUCUUACUGGUCCUCUCCCUCUUCCACACAUGCAAGUUUCCCUUUGAGAUCAAACCAAAUGAACUAACAAGCAUGAGUGGUAUUUGCACUGCAUUUGUUUGCUUUUUAAAUGCAUUUUAAAUGUAUUUUGUAUCUCUAAAACAUAAUAUUAUAUUAAAAGAAACUGCAAAACUGUUUUUAAAUAUAUUGCACUCUCUAUCAAGGCCUGAAAACAUCAGCACUGUCUACCCAACCCUAAACACCUUGGAUUUUCAUUAGAGGUAGAACUACUAUUAGACCUUAGUGCAUAUACAGAAUUUUACAUGGGCAUUCCAAUACAGAUUACAGUCAAUAUGUACACCUAUGUUAGUAUUUAUAAGAAUGUAUGAACCCUAAGUAACACGUAGUGGAGGAUCAUUAUUUGUUUAUUAUAUUUGUUUAUUAUUAUUGUGUUUCCUACAGUAUUAGAUAGAAAUUAUCAGACUAUUGCACAACUAUUCUAACCUACAAACUAUAGCUACAAAUAUCGGUGUGUGUCCAUAAGUGCAAAAAUGGCAAUUUCAGAGAAUUGGAUCAUUAAAGUUUUAAGCUAUUGCCCUUUUAUGCUUUUAUUUACUAUUCUUUGCUUUUGUUUAUGUCAAGUACCUUGAACUGACCCUGUGUAUGAAAUGUAAACUUGCCUUGCUUGUCCAAUCAUCCUCACACAUCUUUGUGGAGCAUCUUUGUUGAUGACUAUAUAUUAUAUUCAUACUUUAUAUGAAAUACGAUGUCUGGUUCUCAUGG